AAGAUUUAGUUAGUGUAUGUGAGUGCUCCUCCUUUGAGUUUGACCAUCAUCCAUCUAAAAAUAUGACGUUGAGGCAGUAUGCAGAUUACUGGUCAGAUUUCCACUCAGCAGCCGAUACUAGGCUAUUAUACCUUAAAGAUUGGCACUACUUUAAGUUAGAAAGGGAUAGAGGACUGUAUAGUCUGCCCAGCAUUUUCUCUGCUGAUUGGCUUAAUGAAUUUUGGGAUAUGAGGGAUGUUGAUGAUGAUUUCAGAUUCAUGUAUCUUGGUCCUGCCGGUACAUGGACUCCUCUACAUGUGGAUGUUUAUCAUUCAUAUAGCUGGUCUGCAAACAUUUAUGGUCGUAAAAGGUGGUGGUUAUUUCCUCCAGGUAAUAAUCCAUGGCUCUAUUGUCGCCUCACUAUUGCAACCUUUAGCAAAAAUGCAUCAGAUAUCUGUUAG